AUGGCGGGCCUCUUCCUCUCUUUGUUCGCUUUGGGCAUCUCCACUGCCUUGUCUGCCGUGCUGUCGCCUAGACAAGGUAGUUCGGCAUGGCGGGACAAGUCUCUUCCUGCUGCUCAACGAGCUGACGAUUUGUUGCCUCAACUGAGCUGGGAAGAGAAGAUAGGUCAGAUGGGUGGCAUCCGUCAAUUGCUCCAGCCUAAUGCCACUUUCAAUCGAACAACGUGGAAUACACUGUAUCCGUUGCAGCAUGGUAUCCUGAGCUAUGGCUCGCAGCUCAACCAGGCGCAAGAUGUCUUGCCGUACGCCAAUAUGGUACGAGAGGAGCAAUUAAAUAGCUCCAAAGUCCCUUGGAUUAGUGUCACGGACUCAGUCAACAGCAUAUAUGUACCUGGUGGCACGAUCUUCCCAGCAACACUGUCUCUGUCAACAUCCUGGAACUUGUCUAUGUACGAGCAGGUAGUUGCCGCCAUUCGUGACGAGAACAUGGCACUUGGAACACAUUGGGUCCUCAGUCCAGAGCUCGACAUUGCCAAAGAGCCCAGAAACGGUCGCGUCGGAGAAAUGUAUGGUGAAGACGUCUAUUUGAUCGGAGAGUUUGCUGCUCAGUACGUCCGCACCAUGCAGGGACGUGAUGAAAAUGGCUAUAUCAAAGUCGGAACAACUAUCAAGCACUUCUUGUAUGGACAAGGUAUGGGUGGUGUCAAUACCGCCAGCAUGCAUGGUGGCGUUAAUCACCUAUACAAUGACCUGGCUAUACCUUACAUCCGGGUUCUCAAAGAAAACCCUACUGCGGUCAUGAUUUCAUAUUCCAGCAUCGAUCGGACUCCAAUGUCAACGAACACAGCUCUUAUACAGGGUAUGCUUCGAUCGGAGAUGGGCUUUCGAGGCUUGAUCAUGUCGGAUGCAAUGGGUAUCUUGCAUUUAUACACAGAAUCGAAGGUGGCUUCAUCAUACAAAGAUGCCGCGGUCAAAGCACUUCGGGCUGGUUUGCAGCUCGAACUGGCUCCGGGUCAGCCCGCAUGCUUCCCAUUUUUGGUCAACAGCUCGAAUGAUCAAGAGAUCGUGAACCUUGUUGAUGAAGCCGUUCGUCAGCACUUGGUCAUCAAGUUCGAGACCGGGAUGUUUGAUCUUCCCUUGCCGACGCCGGAGAAUCUCAAUCGAACUCUCCGCGCACCUCAACACCUAGAAAUCAAUCGCCAAGCUUCACGAGAUGCCAUCGUCUUGCUGAGCAAUGACGGCUUUCUGCCACAAGCCAACCUGACAAAGAUCGCACUGAUUGGACCUUUUGGUGACAUACUGGACCCGGGCUCUUACGCCCCGUCGACCGCUGCCAACCCUUUACAUGGUCAGACUCUCAAAGACAGCCUGGAGGUACGUUUUGGGUCCGCCAACAUUCAGUAUGUCAAAGGCGUUGACAUUCGGUCCACCAGCACAAAUGACACGACUGGUAUCGAAGACGCUGUGGCUGCCGCCAAAAAUGCCGGUGUCGCUAUCGUAGCCCUGGGUUCCUUGUCUGUCUACUUCCUAGACCCGAUCACCGGCCAGCGUACAGAUGGAGAGUUCUUCAGCCAUGCUAGCCUGGGCUUUCCUGGCAGCCAGCAACAGCUCUUGGAUGCUGUCCUCGACACCGGUGUUCCGACGAUUCUUGUGCUGAACGGUGGUCAAGCAUUUGUCUUGAACAAUUCUACCAUGCGGGCAAAUGCUAUCCUCCACCAAUUUCUCGGCGGCGAAUUCUCCGCCGAUGCCCUUGUCGAGAUAAUUACCGGCCAGGUCAAUCCCAGUGGUAAACUUACCAUUUCCAUGCCGCAAGCGGAAGGCGCAUUCCCGAUCUACUACGAUUACUUGCCUUCGGACAACGUCGGCGGUGCCGGGGGCUUUAAUGGAUGUGCCGGUGAUUGGAGCUACCCUUGCUUGGAUCGAGACGGCGCUCCAAUGGCGUUUGGUUAUGGUCUGAGCUACACGACAUUUGAUAUUUCUGAACCUCAGGUCUUGAACUCAAGCGGUGUCUCGAUUUCUUGCACCGUCGCCAACACUGGGGACGUGGUUGGGAAGGAGGUCGUACAAGUGUACUUCCGACAGCAAUAUUCGGACAUUGAACUUCCCAAUAAGAGGCUGAUUCGCUUUGAGAAAAUCGAAUUGCAGCCGGGUGAGGCGCGAAAGGUGGAAUUCACCAUUGACAAAAAUGAUCUGGGAUACUACAACAACGCCAAAUAUCAAGUGGACUCUGGAAACUAUACCUUCUGGGUGGGAUCAAGCUCGAGAAUGGCAGAUUUGAAGAACGUAACGAUCAGUCUGUGA